UAUUAGCUUCCAAAGCCAUACUCAAAAAGAAGAAGAAAAUGGCAGGUCUUGAUGUACUCAAACUGGUUGUGAUAGUUGGAAUUCUGGUCGGAAUCUCAUCUGAUUCGGCUGAGGGUCAAUCCGUUAGUAGCAUUGUAACACCAGCAUUUUUUAACCGUAUAAUUGCUCAGGCCGGUACAGGAUGCGAGGGGAAGAGAUUUUACAAGCGAAGUACGUUUCUUGCAGCUGCAAGAGCGAACCCUAAAUUUGGCCAUGCUGGUAGUGUGACCAGGUCUAAACGUGAGAUUGCUGCAUUCUUCGCUCAUGUAACUCAUGAAACAGGACAUUUCUGUUACAUCAGAGAAAUAGCUCGAGGAAAAUAUUGUCAGAGUAGCACAGAAUACCCAUGCGCUCCUGGAAAGGAUUAUUAUGGAAGAGGGCCAAUUCAGCUUACAUGGAAUUAUAAUUAUGGAGCCUGUGGUAAGGCUAUUGGCGUGAAUCUUUUGAAGAAUCCUGACCUUGUGGCUACUAGUGCAACCAUUUCAUUUAAGGCUGCGUUUUGGUUUUGGAUGAAUAAUGUUCAUUCUGUUAUAACUUCUGGUGGAGGUUUUGGUCGGACAAUCCGUAAAAUCAAUGGAGGCGAAUGCGGUGGCGGAAAUCGGCCAGCAGUUCGUGCCAGGGUGAAGUAUUAUAGGGCAUACUGUAAGCAGAUCGGUGUAACACCUGGGCCAAAUCUUUACUGCUAGGGAUAUGCUGAUGAUAAUGGAAGUAGUAUACCUUAUUGUGCGCGUGCUCUAUUAUUGUUUGUAUUAAGUGUUUCCUAGUAAGUUUUUAUGUUUAAGUACUACUCCUUGAAUGUAACAGGUGCAUAACCUGAAUUAGCUAGUGAAGUAAAUAAAGAGUACUAAUUUAUAAUA